AGUGUUUCGCAUUCAAAUCGAUAUUCUUGAUUAUAUUUUAAAUACAAUAUUAACUUAAUGCUAUGCAAAUUUAAUGUAAGAAUUUAUUUUUUGAAUUUGGAGAGGAACUUUAAGGUGUUCUUGGUUGGUGGAGGGACGAUACAUUUAAUAGAGCGCUUAUAAAUCGAUGUUACAGUGGCAAAAAAUUUCUUGUAACGCUUGAACGGAUUUUAGUUACGGAAAUGAGACUAUUUGUGUCGGAAUUGGACUGAAAUCGAUCGUGAUGGAUUUAUCUCCAGAUGAGGAUAAUUUCCAAGGACGGCUGCUGCAUCAGGCAGCACUGUGGGACAACGAGCAGCUGCUGCGGGAGUUACUGGCGUCAGGCGCGGCAGUGGACGCGCGGGAUGCCAGCGGGCGCACCGCGCUGCACGCCGCUGCACUGGCCGAGCGCAGCGCCUGCCUCGUCGCGCUGCUGGCCGCGGGCGCAGACGUGGAUGCAGUAAGCGACGCCGCUACUGGCAGCAAGACGGCGCUGCACGUAGCUGCGGCUCGCGGGCACGCGGAGAAUGUGCGCGCGUUGCUGUCAGCUGGCGCGCGGCCUGAUCUGACGGAUGCUGGGGGCGACACCGCGCUGGCUUUGGCUGAACGCGGCUGUCACAGACACGCUGCGAACGAACUUAGAGAAGCUAGAGAUGCGUUAGAAAGGGAGCGGGUGGCGCAGCACGUGGCGCUGCGCGAGCUGGUGUCGCGCGGGGAGGCGGCGGCGCUGAGGGCGCGGCUGGCGGCGCUCGGCCCCGCCGCGCCCGUGCUCGCCAAUCUCACCCCCGCCGGCGCUAACACCCUGCUAUAUGUUGCAUGUGAGACUGGUUCCGCGGCGUCUGCGGCGGCGCUAGUC